CUUUGAUUUUCUUUGAUUUUCUUUUAUCUUCUUUUAUUUUUUUUCAUCAGAAAUGAACAAGGGAAAUUUCAGCAAAGACAAUUCCAUGUCACAUGCCCAUUCUAAUAUCUUAUACCAUCUUCACCGAAAAUCUCCUCUUCAUCCAAUUAGAUGUGAUAAAACAUUUUUCUUCUCCAAUUGACGAAUAAACUGCUAUCAUUGGUUUGCUGAUUUCUUUUUUAAAUUAAAGAUCAGAUUCUUUCGAAAGAGUCAAUAAAAAUUAUCAUAUAAAUAUGCUAGAUAAUCCCUCGAUUCUUUUUCCUUCAAUUUAUUCUUUUGUAGUCUUUUUCUCUCUCACCAAUCAAUUACUUUCUUAAGUGAUCAAGUAUCUUUUCGAUUAUAAAUAUACCUUUUAUUGAUCUUUAAUCGAUUCAAUUCUGUUCCAUCCAAAAUGUCUGCUGUCUUAACCGAACUCCAAACCAAACUCGUCUUGAACCCUCAUGACUCCACAAAUCAAACAAAAAAAAGUAACUCCCAGACUAGCUUCGCACAGGCCUUUGAUGCUGCUGAUUGGAAUUCUUUUAAAUUUAAACCAAUCAGAGAGUCAACUGUCUCUAGAGCCAUGUCUAGACGUUACUUUCAAGACUUGGACAAAUAUGCUGAGUCUGAUGUUGUAAUUGUGGGAGCAGGGUCAUCAGGCUUAACUGCGGCCUACGCCCUUGCAAAGGCUCGUCCAGAUUUAAAAAUUGCCAUCAUUGAAGCCUUUGUAGCCCCCGGAGGUGGAGCCUGGUUAGGCGGUCAAUUGUUUUCUGCUAUGGUUAUCAGAAAACCUGCCCAAAAAUUUCUCGAUGAUAUUGGUAUCGAAUACGAUGAUGAAGGCGACUAUGUUGUUGUUAAACAUGCAGCUUUGUUUUCUUCUACUCUUCUCUCAAAAGUCUUGGAGUUCUCCAAUGUUAAGCUUUUUAAUGCCGUGGCUGUUGAAGACUUGAUCACCAGAAAGAACGAUGUUACCGGAGAGCUUCGUGUUGCAGGUGUUGUCACUAAUUGGGGUGCUUUAUCACUAGCUGAUGUUCAUUCUACUCAAAGCUGUAUGGAUCCAAAUACCAUAAAUGCUCAUGUUGUUUUAUCUGCCUGUGGCCACGAUGGUCCCAAUGGUGCAUUUUCAGCUAAGAGAUUGGAAUCUUUUGGUCUUAAGAAAUUAGGUGGCAUGGCCGGCUUAGAUAUGAAUAAAGCUGAGGAUGCUAUUGUUAACAGUACCAGAGAAGUCAUCAAAGGAUUGGUGUUCUCGGGUAUGGAGCUAGCUGAAUUAGAUGCAUGUAACCGUAUGGGUCCAACUUUUGGUGCUAUGAUUGUUAGUGGUGUUAAAGCUGCUGAGCAAAUCCUUAAAGUUUUUGACCAACGUAAAUCAGAAAACUUAAACAGCUACUAAUUUAGUUAUAAUUUUUUUCCUCUUCUUAAUAACCACUAUGAAUAAAUACAUCAUUACCUACUGAAAAACUUUUGACAUA